ACAUAAAUUGGUAUGAAAGUUAAAGUCAUGUGACAUGUGAUAUCAUAUGAUUAAAAAAUGGCGGCUCCCAUAAGUCAGGCUGCCACGAAGAAAUUCAAUUUUCUUUUCAGAUUCUUUUAUUUCUUUUUAUGCUUUCUGUCUGGUGCCCAUGGUGUGUUCCAGACAGCCAGUGUAUAUUGCCAGGACCGUCAAUGUACCUACAAGUUAGACGUCCUUGACAUUGAGUCGGCCACAGCCUAUGGUGUAUACAAUGAUACCCUGGCAGAAACAGGCUGGGGAAUUCUCAACAUCACAGCAGGCAGGGGCAGCAAGAAGGCAGAGAACACUGACCUUAUGUUUGCAGCUGGCUACUUGGAAGGAAUACUUACACAAAAGAGAAUAUUUCAACAUUUCCAAAAUCUGAACGACUACUUCAAGACAAAGCUAGGUAACAACACAGAGGCAGAAAAGGCUGUAAAGGCAUUCUUCCUUGAUCAGGAUAUAUACAUGAGGAAAAUGAUCAAGAACAAUGUACCUGACAGUCCAUACUGGCGACAUAUGGCUUAUAUACUGUCACAAUAUGAUGGUUUGGUAAAAGGUUAUGGAGAUAUUGCUCCUGAUGAUAUGAAACUGAGUCUGUAUGCCUUUCAAGUGUUGAAUGGUAAUGGAGAUAUGUUGGAUCUUAUAAAUGCUGUGAAUCCCAAGAGUAUACCUGACUUUGACAGAAUGACCACCGAGGAAGCUGUGUCCUUUAUAGCAAAGAGUGGAAGAUGUUCAGCAUUAGUUAAGGUUCUCGGAGCCUACGAGGAUGUUUUUAUGUCCCACUCUAGUUGGUUUAUCUAUCAAGCUACAAUGAGAAUAUACAAACAUUACGAUUUCAAUGUAGAUGAUCCGGACACUGCCGCCAAACAGAUAUCGUUCUCCAGUUAUCCAGGGUUUUUGGAGUCACUGGAUGACUUUUACCUGAUGAGUAGUGGACUUGUGAUGCUACAGACUACCAACAACGUGUUCAACACCUCACUGUACUCUCAGGUCACCUCACAGUCACUCCUUGCCUGGCACAGGGUCCGCCUGGCACACAUGUUGGCACAUGGAGGCAAAGAAUGGGCAGCCAUAUUUGCAGAGAAUAAUUCAGGAACAUACAAUAAUCAGUACAUGAUAUUGGACCUGAGAAAGAUAGAAUUAGAGAAAACCAUACAUGAUGAUGCUCUCUGGAUUGUUGAACAGAUCCCGGGACUCGUCGAGUAUGGUGAUGCUACUCCCAUAUUGAGAACUGGUUAUUGGCCCUCCUAUAAUGUACCAUACUUCGAGAAAGUAUACAACAUGAGUGGGUAUCCAGAUUUUGUGAAGAAACAUGGAACCGAUUUCUCCUAUCAGCUUGCUCCGAGAGCGAAGAUUUUCCGUCGCGAUGAGGGAAAGGUUGUAGAUAUGCCAACAAUGAAAAAUAUCAUGAGAUACAAUGAUUAUAAAAAGGAUCCAUAUUCUGAGGGAGAUUCCUGCAAUGCCAUCUGUUGCCGUGGUGAUCUGAGAAAGGGUAGUCCUGGACCAUUUGGUUGUUACGAUACCAAGGUAUCAAACUACAAAAUGGCUUUAGAGAUGACUGCAGAUAUAAUCAAUGGCCCCACCCUUGGGACAGGACUGCCCCCUUUCCAGUGGACCCCAGAGUACAAACAGUCACAUAUAGGCCUUCCUAAUGAAUACAAGUUUGACUUCAUACAGACAAGACCUCUCAAAUCACCAGAGAAGCACUCUUAAAUAUGAAGUGCCAAUGUCACUUUAUCUCAGAGAGCUAUGUCACGAAUUUUCAUCAUAACUUAGUUAAAUUACAGAACUGAUACUUCUUAUGGGCCGCGCCAUGAGAAAACCAACAUGGUGCAUUUGCGACCAGCAUGGAUCCAGACCAGCCUGCACAUCCAUGCAGUCUGGUCAGGAUCCAUUCUGUUUGCUUUUAAAGCCUAUUGCAAUUAGAGAAACUGUUAGCGAACAGCAUGGAUACUGACCAGACUGCGCGGAUGUGCAGGCUGGUCUGGAUCCAUGCUGGUCACAAACGCACUAUGUUGGUUUUCUCAUGGUGCGGCUCUUAUGAGAACUAUGCUUAAGUGGAUGAUAGGAAAGCUCUGCUCUUCUAUUUUGCCUGUUUCCUUAAUUGUUAUGCAGUUGCAACAUUUUCUAAUUAACCUCUCUCAAUCAAAUUGUUCACUGAACACAGUUGCAAAUCUGUUUUCAGUGUACAAGUACGCCUACUGAAAUGUUAAUCUCUUAUGAUUUUGUUUUGUUGAUAUUUUAACAUGAUUGUUGUAUAGGCCUUACUUGCCCAAAAUAGUAAUGACAAUUGAUAAAGUUGCUCACAAGAGAGGUUGAAAUGAAUAACACACUUAGACAUUGAGUGUUUUUGUAAAUGUCAAGUUGCAUAUGAUGCUUUGGCUAUUAAAGUUUUAUUAGUCAAUGUUUAGUACAAUAUGGAGUACAUUAUUAUGCCCCCCUUCGAAGAUGUCGGUCGGUAUGUUGGUCAGUCCGUAGACCAAUCCGUUUCCAGAUGAUAACUCUAGAACACUUGGGCUUAGGAUCAUGAAAGUUGGUAGGGAGGUUGGUCAUGACCAGCAGAUGACUCCUAUUGAUUUGAGGUCAGUAGAUCAAAGGUUAAGGUCACGGAGACCCGAAACAGUUGAACAGUUUCCGGAUGGUAACUCAAGAACGCUUGGGUCUAGGAUCAUGAAAGUUGAUAGGAAGGUUGGUCAUGGCCAGCAAAUGACCCCUAUUGAUUUUGAGGCAAGUAGGUGAAAGGUCAAGGUCACAGUUACCCAGAACAGUUAAAUAAUUUCCUGAUGAUAACUCGAAGAACGCUUGGGCCUAGGAUCAUGAAACUUGAUAGGGAGGAUGAUCAUGACCAGUAGAGGAUACUAUUGAUUUGGAGAUCAGUAGGUCAAAGGUCAAGGUCACAGUGACCUGGAAUAGUUAAAUCAUUUCUGGACGAUAACUUGAGAAUGCUUGGGCUUAGGAUCAUGAAAGUUGAUAGGGAGGUUGGUCUUGACCAGCAGAUGACCCCUAUUGAUUUUGAGGUCAGUAGGUCAAAGGUCAAGGUCACAUUGACCCAGAACAGUAUAACUUUUUUUGCCAAAUAACUAGAGAAUGCUUUGGUCUAAGAUCACAUUUGAUACGAAGGUCACUUAUGACCCAUAAUUAUUGAUUUGAAGUCAGUAUGUCAAACGUUCAGUGCACAGUGACCAAAUAAUUUCUGUUUCUUGUGCAGUUAAAUGCAUCAAGGGGGGCAUUUUGUGUACUACAAGCUCUUGUUAUAUGUAUAAUUAUUGGGUUUCUUAGUGACCCUCACAGAAAUAUGUGGGGUCAGUGGGGAGGGCCCAAGUUCCCAUAUUUAUCAUACUAACCCCACGUAUUUCUAUGGAGGAUUACUGAUAAACCCUGAGAGUGAUUUGUUUUAUCAUGGAGGUAGUAUAUAGUCUAUACUACCUCCAUGGUUUUAUCAACCACUUAUUUUAACCUAGAUUGACAUGAAAAUCUACUGACUCUCCACUGAAGCAUAGGGGAUCACCACCUGACCACCUUUUGACCAGUGAAAAUGCUAAUCUUAUUUGAGGUAAAACAAUCCACAUUGUGGUGUUGGAAAUUAAUUAUGUCCAUGUUAUUAUGAAUCUUAUACUAUCUUACGUGUCAGAAUCCUUUAACAGUCACAGUCCACCGAUUGAAGAACCCACAUUUAAUUUUUGAAAGGUUUCUUAACAUGUAAUUUUCUUCCUGAUUCUUGGUUUAGUUUUGAAACAGGUUUUGAAUCUGACAUGAAUUUAAUAUAUGUAUUACUUCAUUUUAAAUGAGUGCAAUAAGUGUUACAAUGCUACGUGUUUUGUUGUAUAAAAUGUUGUACGAGAUUAUUUCAGUAUAUCACUUACAUGUAGAAGAUUGAAGAUUUGGUUGUAGAUAGACUUUAUAAUAAUAGUGAAAAAUCAGUAAACUACAGUUAAAGGCACUGACCUUCCGAUUUUGGCUCAAAGUGAUCUUUCUUUAAAAUUGAAGUUUGGUCAUAUUUUGAAAAUUAGAACAUGAGUUCUUGUUUCUAAACUAUGUUAAAAUGCCAGGACAAGAAAAAAGAACAUGCCCCAGUCAGGAAUCGAACCCAGGCCACUGCGGCAGUAAAACUUUUCCUGCAUUCUUGACCAAUACACAACACAAGAAUAUGUACAGAACGUUUUUAAAUAUAAGGCUUUAUAAUUAGGCUUUAUAAUUAAGGCAGUUUUUCUCUAGGACCAGUUGGUAUGGAACAGUUAGUAAAAACAACUAAACCUCAUGUGUUUCUAUAAUAUAUAAUCUGUCAGUAACUAAGUUUCAAGGCCUUCUUAAGAAAUAUAGCAAUAAUUUCCUGACAUCUAAUUUUUUUCUCUUUUUUUUUUUUUUUGCUGUCAUACUAUCUAGAGGUCAGUGCCUUUAAUAUACUAGACAAUGUAUACAAUAUUAUUAAAUAAGAAAUGAUAUACUACGAAGGUGUAGCCAAUUGAAGUAAUACUUUGCAUCUGUAUUACAAACAAUCAUUUUAAUCAAGAGAAAAUCUUUGUUUGAGAUAUAUUAUUUUGAUCAUGAAAUGAUAUCAGUGAUUAUUAUCUACAUUCUUGAUGAUAUCCACCAACUAUUUGCCGUUUUUAUGUUGUUUCCUUUGUACCGUUUGAUGGUUGGAAGUUUUAACUUUGACGUACUGUGAUUUUCUUGUAUGUAACAUCAAAGUUUCAGACUUGUUUGUUUAAUAGAAGUACAAACGAGACCAUGUUAGAAUUAUACAUAAAUACUGCAACAGUUUGGAUAAUUUAAUGGUGUGAGGGAGCAUUGUAAUUCCAUUAUAUUUUUUGACUAAGGCUAUUUUUCUAGUAAGAAAAAUGCAUUAUACGUUUUAAUAAAAAUGUUUGCAUUCCAAAAUGUUGCUAUAUUUAGCUUUGUGCUUUGUUAUAAUGAGUUGUUUUAACCAAAGGUUUGUAUUUUUUUUAAUAUAUAUAUAUAUAUAUAUGUAUACAUGUAUAGUAUAUUCCUAUUUUUCAUUUGAAAAUAUAUCUUAAAUAAAUACCAGUUCUGCAAUAAUUUUACACCAAUAAAAUAUUAAUCAAUUAAUCAGUAUAAAAUUACAGUAAUUGGUGCAGCAUUUUAUGUUGUACUCAAUAUGGUACUUUGAUGCAAAUGAGAAGCAGAAUGAUAUCAGUAUUCCAAUACAUUUUAACUGUCAGGAAGUAUGAGAUUCGUGCUGCAUUGAAAAUACUUUUAUAUGAAAAGUACAAAUUUGAAACUUUAUUAUUAUACUGUUGGAAAAUCUGUUGAGGAGCCCAUUCACAAUUAUUUCUAGUCAUUUCUGCUCUGUUUAUUACAGACAUUAUAGUUCUCUGUAACCAUGAAGGGGGUAACCAUGAUUCCAUGAAUUAGUACAUGCAGAAUUUGAAUCACUCUCAUAAGUUAAGGAUUACAAUGUAAUUCAUUAAAAAUGUAAAAAUAUGAAUGGAUUUUAAACACUGAUUGAUUUUUAAGGAAAAGUAACAUAUCUCAUGAAGGUAAAUUUGAUUUUUAAAUGUUUUCAUUAAAACAGACAUGACUGACUUAAUUAAAUUACUCUUGUGGAUUGAAUGCUUAAUCAUUCAAAACAGUUGUUUCAACUUUUGUAUUCAACAAGGAACAACAAUGCUACUUUCAUAUAUAGGUUCAGAAUUGUUCGGUAUACUGUUGGCGUUAGUUUAUAAUUCAUUUGAAUUGUUCUCCGGAGAUGCAAUUAAGACCUGCAUAUUUUUUUCUGAGACUGACCUGUACCAACAUAGAAUAUUCUGGAUAUUCUCACAAGAUAAUUUAGCAGCCUACUGAUCUGUGGUGUUUUCUCAAAGAAUUUAAGAAAGUAGUGCCAUUGAAAUUCAUGCAUAAAUGUUUUCACUCAAAAAGUGACAUCAAAGAUUUACAAAGAUUUUCAAAGAACAGUGACAAUGUAAUCUAUAAAUGAAUCAUGGCUUGAAAAAGUAGUGGAGUCAUUUUUACAAAGGUUUGUCUUUUGUUAGAAUUAUUACAAGUACUAGCUGUAGUAACAUUUUAGCAUGAAAUUAUAGCUUUCAGUAAGAAGUACAGUAUUAGUAUUUUAUUUGUUUUGACACAAUAUAGCCCCAUGUGGUUCUGGGACGAUCUGUGUAUAAAACGAAUUGGAACCACCGCCUUACCCUUGCAUGAUCAUAAGAGGCGACUGAUAGGGUCUUAACACUUGGUUUUGCUGUAACUCUGUGAUUCCAGCAGGUGUGCAAAUUUUGAUUCCAUACCUCAUGUUUUUAUUUCGAUGUAAAUGAGAUGUGAAACCAAAAUUUGUAGUCCUGUUUGGCGCCAUAUAACCUAUACUGUGUUGGUGCGCCGUAAGACCCAAAUAAAUAUUGACACAGUAUAAAUAUCUUGUUCAAUAGUACAGCAGUAGUAUUUAUUUAGGCAAAAUGAAAUAUGUUGUAGUUUUUACUGAUGUUUUAUUAGUAAAACCUUAUCUCAUUUGCAUGAUAUUUUUUUACCAUUUCUAUACUAAUAAAAUACAAUACAGAAUUAAUGUUUAA